AUGGAGGCUCAGUUGACGGCAUUGGAGGCAGUCACCGACGACAUCUCCACCUACCUUGCCGGUCGUCUUCGGCACAAAUUGUUUGACUUUCCGAAUGAUUAUCCCGCCGAGUCACUGUCUCAGGGACUCGUUACCCACUGUGAACGAGCUAUUGCCGUAAUCGCCGAAGCCUGGACAAACCCGCCAAUCGUGGUCAACUGGGACAUUGACGAUUAUAUCGGCGCCAUUGGAAAGCAGCCGACGGGCACUUGCAUUCUUGUGGAGACAGCCAUUGCUUCCAAGUUCCCUCCCGCAUUUCCGGAGCAUAUUGAUGUCGUCGAGGGAAACCCUACAAGAGUCAAUGACCGAAUGGGGCAUAUCCUUGCAUGGUAUCUUCCGGGGAUUAUGUCGGAAGAAUUACAGGCUCAGGUCCGAGCCGCUGCGAAAAUACUUCACCCGUUGCUGCAGGUACCUGACAAAAGCAAUGGCACCUGGAGGAGCAAUCCGAGAUAUUAUCGGAAUAUAUGCUUUUGCAAGUACCCUCCGGGCAUUGUCAAUCUCGUCCCGUUGUGGUAUCAAGCAGGGCACGGGCAUGAUGGAAGUCCGUUACAGGCAUCGGCGUCUUUGAAGGAAGACAAUGGAGCCGGCGAACAGUUCCUUCGGCAGGUAAUUGAAUUCCAAGCGAUUAUCGGUGGCAUUAUGAGUGUCAUUCACCCGGAGCAGCAUUAUGGGGGCCGAGGAGCACUGCUUCGAUGUCUCCGUCCUCAAUCAUCAGUGACGCUGGAUAAGGAUUGUUUGCAACGGAUCAUGAAGGUUUGGGGAACUGCCUUCACAGGUCUGUCGGUAAUUAGUGAAAGAGAAACACCUCUGCACCGGGAUGGUCAGAAUGCAGAUUGGAUGUAUGACCUUCUGGUCAAUCUAUCCUCCCAUGUCAACCCUGACCUUCGGGUGGAAUUACCUGGCAUCGGGAUUAGAUUUUGGUAUGGCUCCGGAACAGUUCUGUCAAUUCUUGGGAAGGCGGUAAGGCACGGAGUAUCCAGGACGGACACAGACCGAUACUGUCUUGCUUUCUUUAUGAGAGAAAGGGUCUCUGAACGUUUGGGGGGUGUUCCACACGUGGUCAUGAUGUCUGAAGAGGUGUUUAAGAAAUGGUUGUCUCUGGACGAGCCGGAUAGAGUCAAGGCAAUGUUACGUAUUCAAGGUAGUGGCUUCCUUCUACCACUUGAAUGCUAG